AUGCUCACUUCAAGACCUAUGAGGCCGCUUCCUGGUCCUCAGAUCCUCACCUUUGCCCUCGAGAACUGGCCGUACAACUCGGGGCCCGUCAGCAGAGCCAGCAAGCCCAAGGUCCGAACAGGAUGCAUCACUUGCAAACGACGCAGAAUCAAAUGCGACGAGACGAAGCCGUCCUGUCAGAACUGUCUCAAGCGCCGGGUAUCGUGUGAGGGGUACGAACUCAAACCGCCGAGAGCGUCCUCGCAACCACAGCAGUUCUUCCGAUCCAGCCACUCACCCAUACUGGUUGAGCCGAGCUACCAGGGCCUCGUCUUUACGACGCAGCUGCAAAAGGACCACUUCGAUCAGUGGCUGUCGUUCGCCGCCGACAUCCUCGUGUUCCCCUCCCAGCUCAUCACCGACACGAUCCCUCAGAUCGCCCGCUCGGACCUGGCGGUGCGGAAUGCCGCCUUCGCCAUCGGCGCGGCGGCGCUGGGCAGCAGCACUCGCGAGGAGCGCCUCGCGGGCAAAGGUCCUUACUAUGCGGAUGCUCUCGGGUAUUACAACCGCGCGUUGAAGCUGACCGCGAAGUCGCCUCCGACAGAGGAGACCUUUCCCGGCGUCUUGAUGACAUGCCUCUUGUUUUUCAUGUUCGAGGCCCUGCAAGGGGGCAGGAAGGCGGCGUUGACGCAUCUCAACCACGGCAACAACAUCCUCAAUCAGUACGAAAAGCGAGUUCACAACAGGCGUGAUCCUCUGGUCGCGGCAAUAGCCUCCAACUUCCAGCGCUUGACGCUGCAGUCAUGGAGCCACAACGGGGACCACCCAAAGGAGACUGAGGCACAGGCGCCAUGGUGCUGCCGGGGCCAGACGAGGCGGUAUGCGGUCGACGAGAUGCCGGACACGUUCGGGUCCCUUGACGAGGCCCAUCGCUGGUGGGAGAUCACACAGCACCACGUCAUACACCACGCGCCCAUAUUGAUAGGGUUCCGUGUUGAAGGGACGGGGAAUAAAGCACCUUCUUUCCCUGCGAACCAGAGUCUCCCGAUACCUCCAGAGCAUGUAAAAGGGUACAAUCGAUUCAUCGAGGCAUGGCGGGCCAGAUUCAAACCUCUGUUGGAGGCGCAGGAGAGGACGGAAAUGGAUGACAAGGAGCGUCUCAAGGCCCUCGGUUUGCGGAUUCACUCGGCAUACUUGUCUAUCCCGAUCUUGACGGCAAACUACACCGACGCCGAUGCCCUAACCCAGAUGACGCCCGUCUUCCGAGAAUACGUCGCACUCAGCGAGGAGUUCCUACACCUCCAGAAACGGCUCACGAAACUGGAUGGCGAGACAUUCACCGUGGACAGCAACAGCCCGACAUGGCCCCUCGGCGCGGCCGCCAUGCUCUGCGUCGACGGGGCUGUCAAGGCCGACGCCGUGCAACUCCUCCGUGGGUUCCCGCGGCGCGACGGCUUGUGGGACACACAGGUCUGGAUGAGCAUGAUGCAGAGCUACGAGUCGGCCAACAUCGUGAUCGCUGGCCGCGCCGGCGGCGACAAGAAGGAGGCGCAGCACCUGUUCGACGUGGAGGUUGUGUACGACGACAAGUCGGUGGCGUGGAUCAGACAGGCGGAGGACCCGUCGAGUGCCAGUCCCGAGGAAUUGGAGUACAGAAUCAAUCUCCCGUGA